UGGCAUGUGCAGGAACGUGAGAGCUUGUAAAAUACGAGACGGUGGAUGAGCCGUCAAAAUAUUAUAUUCAAUAUUGACACAGUGAUCACGGGGCAGCCAAUUAUUGAAGAGAUCAGAUCUGAAAAGGGCACGUCUAUUUAUACACGACUCAGCUCUGGAACAUGCAGACGAUACUUAAAGAUAAGACAGAAACACAGAAAAAAGAUCGAGAUACCUAAACUCUGUGUUUCUCAAGGUAUCUUCUUUCUGCUUUGGAACAGAAUAAUGGCGGUGAAAAACCAGGUAGCGGCCACCCUUCUGGGAGUUCUACUGAUAAUCAUUCAAGCAGCCGCCGAUUAUGGCGGAUGGACCAGCGCCCAUGCGACCUUUUAUGGAGGAAGCGACGCCUCGGGCACUAUGGGGGGGGCUUGCGGAUAUGGGAACCUGUACAGCGCCGGGUAUGGGACCAAUACGGCGGCGCUCAGCACAGCUCUGUUCAAUGAUGGGGCUUCUUGUGGGGAAUGCUUUGAGAUACAAUGUGAUACUAGUAGAGAUACGCAAUGGUGUUUGCCUGGAAAGUCGAUUACCAUUACGGCUACAAAUUUCUGUCCUCCAAAUUUCGCUCUACCCAACGAUAAUGGAGGGUGGUGUAAUCCUCCUCUGCAGCACUUCGACAUGGCGCAGCCUGCGUGGGAGAAGAUCGCUAUUUACAGAGGAGGAAUCGUGCCCGUUGUUUACAGACGAGUACCGUGCAUGAAAAGUGGAGGCGUUCGGUUCACCAUAAACGGGCGAUCUUACUUCGAGCUUGUGCUGAUCUCGAAUGUGGGCGGAAGUGGAAUCGUGACCGCGGUGUCGAUAAAAGGAUCUAACACUGGAUGGCAGACAAUGUCGAGAAAUUGGGGCGCCAAUUGGCAGAGCAACUCCUACUUGAAUGGACAGAGUCUGUCUUUCCGGGUCACCACCAGCGACGGCAAAACAGCCACCUUCAAUGACAUGGCUCCUGCAGGAUGGUCCUUCGGACAGACCUUCAGUUCCCCGCUGCAGUUCAAUUAACAGAGUAUUCGUAGUAAUAAUACUUUUUGAUGGAGAUCCAGGUGCUUUAAUGGCGGCAGCAGAGGCGAGCUAAAUCUUCGUUGCAGCAGCCCGCUGUGCUUGGAAUCCCCCGCUUUGUAUACGCGGCUUCAUUCUGUCUCCCAUGGUUUCAUCCAUUCCACUGUAUAAUAUUAUUUCCAGCGAGAAAACAGAUAUUGUAUUGCCUAAGUACUUCGGAUUUUAAUAAUAAGAUUGAACUGUUUCGGUU